UGCAACUUGAAUUUGCGUUUUGCCAUUUCAGUGUUUAUCAGGGUUUUAUCAUGAUGUUCGGAAGCGCUGUAAGAAGUUCAGGAUCACUCUGCAUCAUCCAAAGAUGUGGCUGCAUCCUUAAGAGGGCGAUUGCUACCACGUCAAUCGAUAAUUCGGGCAUGGCACAAGGGCAAACAGCGAAGGCUCCGGCUCCUACUAAAACUGCACCAAGUAGGAUAGAAGAUAACAAGUUUGAAAAGAGAGAUAUCAAGCCUUUGUACUUGGACGUUCAAGCCACGACGCCAAUGGAUCCACGAGUGUUGGAUGCCAUGCUACCGUACUUCAUUGGCUUAUAUGGAAAUCCCCACUCCAGGACACAUGCAUACGGUUGGGAAAGUGAAGCAGCAGUCGAGAAAGCAAGAGAGCAAGUUGCAAGUAUAAUAGGUGCCGACCCAAGGGAAGUUGUGUUCACAAGUGGUGCGACCGAGUCGAAUAAUAUCGCUGUGAAAGGAGUGGGCAGAUUCUAUAAAGCAAAAAAGAAACAUAUCAUCACAACACAGAUUGAGCAUAAGUGUGUACUGGACUCGUGUCGUGCCCUGGAAUCUGAAGGUUUUCAGGUGACCUAUCUCCCUGUCAAAACAAAUGGUAUUAUCGAUAUGGAGGAGUUUGAAGCUGCGUUACGACCAGACACAUCCCUUGUUUCCAUCAUGUUUGUAAACAAUGAAAUUGGAGUGAAACAACCAGUGGCUGAUAUAGGUCGGAUUUGCCGAUCAAAGAAAGUGUUCUUCCACACCGACGCUGCACAGGCUGUCGGAAAGGUGCCAUUGGAUGUCAAUGAAAUGAAUAUUGAUCUCAUGUCAAUCAGCGGGCAUAAAGUGUAUGGACCGAAAGGUAUUGGAGCAUUAUAUGUGCGGCGUCGACCCCGAGUUCGACUUGAGGCUCCUCAGAGCGGAGGUGGGCAGGAGAGGGGCAUGAGGAGUGGCACCGUCCCGACAAACCUUACAGUGGGUCUCGGAGCAGCCUGUGAGAUUGCUCAGCAAGAAAUGCAGUAUGACCAAAAAAGAAUCUCCUAUCUUUCUCAUCGACUUGUCAACAAAAUUUCGUCAAAGUUAACGCAUGUUAUUCGGAAUGGUGACCCCCAUGAGACAUAUGAUGGCUGUGUAAAUCUCUCCUUUGCUUACGUUGAGGGAGAGAGUCUGCUGAUGGCUUUGAAGGACAUUGCUCUAUCGUCUGGAAGUGCGUGUACCUCAGCAUCUCUGGAACCAUCCUAUGUAUUACGAGCGAUUGGUGCUGAUGAGGACUUGGCUCAUUCAUCAAUUAGGUUUGGUAUUGGGCGGUUCACCACUGAGGAGGAGAUCGACUAUACAGCAGAGAAAUGUAUUGAAUAUGUGACAAAGCUGAGGGAAAUGAGCCCCCUCUGGGAGAUGGUACAGGAAGGUGUUGACAUCAAGUCAAUCAAGUGGACACAACAUUGAGACAUCUACCGAACACUCUUGAGCAGACGACACACUGUAAAUGGCUUUGUAAUAUAUGUCAGUGUCUCACUCUGAUAAAACGGGUACUAUAUCUUGAGAUUGAUUGACUUAUGUGCAGAUGUGUGCUCCUUGUAGAUACAUUCGAAUUUCCAACCUAUGUAACAAACCUGUUCAUUCAACAUUAUAAUGAGACAGUUUCUUCAAAGAUAUAUGAUAAUAGUAUUACCGAUUCUAGAAAUGUUGUGUGAUGUGUUCCUGUUGUGUGGGCUUGGCUAGGGGUGUGUACUAUGACCAGUUGAAAUCGCCCAUCGUAGAAAAUUGUAACUAGAAUCUCCUGCUGAGUUUGCAACAUCUGGGCUUCUCUGACUUGUACAAAAGGUGAUUAUGUGAUACUACAUUACUAAAAGUGAUCUCUUUUUCAAGACUACAUGUGGGGCUGACUGUGUAAAUUGCUGGUAAUUAUGUAGUUUGUAGGAUUCAGUGUUAUUCUAAGUUCUGAUACCUCAUUGCAUUGAACAUGACAAUGGGUGAUAUGAAUAAAGACUAGCAAAUGCUUUUAUCUAAAUCUCCAUGUACAUUUACACUAGGCCUUCCUGUACAAAACCGGAGUAAAAGCAUUUGCUAGUCUUUAUUCAUAUCACCCAUUGAGAACUGAUGGAAUACUGUUGUCAUGUUGUGUAAAUUACAAGUUGUUUCUUUUUGUAAUAAAGAUGUGUAAAUACAGUGCGUGA